UGGCGCCAAAACCAAACUGAUACGAUAAGGAAACGAUAAGAACUAAAGAAAAUGGCGGACGAAGUUGAUAAAAUGGAGACGGAACAAAGCCAAAAUCCAUCCGAAAAUACCAUGGAAGAGGAUCCUAAAACUCCAAGUCGUGAACCCAGGCUCAUGAUCACUAAGAUUGUCAACGAAAACUUUAAAUCGUACGCAGGAGUGCAGGAACUUGGCCCUUUUCACAAGAGUUUUUCUUCGAUCGUUGGUCCCAAUGGCAGUGGGAAAUCGAAUGUGAUCGACGCCAUGUUGUUUGUGUUCGGGUAUCGCUCCAAGAUGAUUCGGACAAAAAAAGUAUCACAGUUGAUUCAUAACUCAUCGGCACACCCAAACGUAGCCAGUUGUACUGUAUCUGUCCACUUCCAAAGAAUUAUUGAUCUGCCAGACGAUGAGUUUGAAGUGGUACCAGACAGUAAUUUUGUGGUGUCCCGUACAGCCCGUAAGGACAACUCUUCUGACUACCAUGUUAAUGGCCGUAAGAUGCCAUUCAAAGAAGUUGCAAAGCUGCUGCGAGAUGUUGGAAUAGAUCUGGAUCAUAAUCGCUUCCUAAUCCUCCAGGGGGAGGUAGAGCAGAUAUCAAUGAUGAAGCCAAAAGCUUUGACAGAGCAUGAAGAUGGCAUGUUAGAAUAUCUAGAAGAUAUAAUUGGCUCCAGUCGAUACAAGGAACCAAUAGAAGAACUGGCUAAGGAGGUGGAAGUGCUGAACGAAGCUCGUGGAGAAAAGUUGAACCGUGUGAAAGCUGUUGAGAAAGAAAAAGAUGAGUUGGAAGGGUCUAAAGAUGAGGCUGUUGAAUACAUCAACAUGGAAAAUGGCAUCACAAGAAAGCGGAACACACUUUUCCAGCGUUACAUUUAUGAGUGCUCUCAAAAUGAGGAAAAAGCCCAAAGUAAGAGAGAUGAGGUGAAGACAGGAUUUGAUGAGCUGCACAAGCAGCUUGCAGAUUGUUCAGAUCGUAAGAAAACCAAAGGAAAAGAGUACAAAGGGAUGACAAAAGAAUGUGACAAGCUACGAAAGGUGGCUGAAGAGACUAAAGAGAAUUUUGCUGCAUAUGAAAGAGAUGACCUAAAAUUAAGAGAGGACUUCAAGCAUGGCAAGGUCAAUGGUAAAAAGUUACAGAAAAGUCUGGAGAAAGAAAAAGAAAAGCUUGCAAGUCUGAAGGAUGCUCCAGAGAAGAACCAAAAACAAGUUGAAGAGCUGGAGAAAAAAAUACAACAACUUGAGUCACAGAAAAUAAAAGAAGAGGACCAACUUGCAGAGGUUAUGGCAGGUCUUAAGAGUGAAACAGAAGGACUUCAAAAUGAGAAGGAGGAAAAAGAAAAACAGUUAAUGGAGAAAAACAAAGAUGUAAAUGAAACCAAAUCCAAGAUGGAUGUUGCUAAAAGUGAAUUGGAGAUCUACAACAGUCAACACAAGAAUGCUCAGACACAGUUACGAGAAGCACACGCCAACUUAGAGAGUGUCAUUCAGAAGCAAACACAGAGAAAAAGUGAGAUAAAGUCCAUUGAGAAGGAGCUCCCUGACUUGAAGAAUAACCUGAAAAAGGCAGAAGCUGAUCUUGAAAAGGCUGUUCAAGGGGAGGCCAAGUCUUCACAAGAGCUUCGUAGCAUCAGGUCUAAAGUUGAGGAGGCAAGGAGCUCACUUCAAGCAUCCCGGAGCCGGGGCAAUGUGCUUGAGGCGUUAAUGAAGCAGAAAGCUGCUGGCAAGAUCCCAGGUCUCUAUGGCAGGCUGGGUGAUCUCGGUGCUAUAGACGACAAGUAUGACAUUGCCAUCAGCACAGCCUGCGGCGCUCUAGACCAUAUUGUCUGUGACACCAUGGAGACUGCGCAGACCUGCGUGCAGUAUUUGAAGAAAAACAACAUAGGAGCAGCUACUUUCAUAGGUCUCGACAAGGUGGAGGUAUGGCGUAAAGAUGCUUCCUCGAAGAUACAAACACCCAGCAAUGUUCCACGUCUGUACGACCUGGUACGAGUGAAGGACGCCAAGGUCUCAACUGCCUUCUAUUUUGCACUGAGAAACACUCUCGUCGCAGAUGAGCUGGAGCAAGCUACGAGAAUCGCCUUUCAGGGCAACAAGCGUUGGCGCGUGGUUACGCUACAGGGGUCACUGAUUGAUCAAUCAGGUACCAUGAGCGGGGGAGGCACGCGUGUAGCUAAGGGUCGCAUGUGCUCGUCAUUCGUCUCUGACGUCUCGCCACAGCAGUUAAAAAGCAUGGAGCAAAAACUGGAGCAAGAGGAGAAAGCGACAGAGGAAUACCGAGAACAGAAGAAGCAACUAGAGGAAGCCGUGGACGAGCAAAAAAAGAAAGUGUCCAACCUGGAACAUCAGUUGGAGAAGAACCGUAUGGAAGUGCAGGCUUUGAGCGAACAACAACAGGCGCUAAAUGACCAGAUUAAACACAUCAAGCAAGAAGUCGAAAAGACAACACCGGACGAGAAACGGGUUAAAGAGCUCGAGACAGUCGUCGCCAAACACGAGAAAGAAUGGAAGAAAGCGGCUGCGGCAGCGUCCAAGAUCGAGGCGGAAGUACAAAGCUUGCACAGGCAGAUUAUGGACAUUGGGGGCGCAAAACUCAAGGGUCAACAGAGUCGUCUUGAUGCUGCCACAAAAGCUUGUGAUGAGGUCCAGGGACAAAUCACGAAAGCUUCCGUGGGCAUUAAAACUGCCAACAGAAACAUCCAAAAAUCAGAAGAAAAGGUUGCUUCUCUUGAGAAGGAAGUGGAGGAGAAUGCUUGUUAUCUGAAGAAACUCGAGGACGACUUCAAGCGGCUGGAAGAAGAAGCAACGCAAGUUCUUAAAGCAUACGAAGAUGCCCAAGUUCACAUGAAGGAGAUGGAAGAAGCGCUUGAAAAGACCAAGCAAGAUUACGCCGUGAUAGAGGCAGAAGAAGUCCAGCUGAAGAACAAGGAGGUCGACCUGAAACACGAGGUUGAGAAGUACGAGACCGUCUUCAAGGAGAAUCAGCAGAAAGUCAGGCACUGGCAGAAAGAGCUGAGCAAACUUGAGCUACAGUGUGUAGGAAUCUCCGAUGAGCAGCAGAAAGAAGAGCUGCCUAAACUCAGCACGGAAGACCUUGAAGCUGUGGACAAGGAAGCCGUGAUGUAUGAGAUAACAGUUUUGGAAGAAAAGCUAGCGCAGUUGAAGCCGAAUAUGGCCGCUAUCGCGGAAUAUCGCAAAAAGGAAGAGGCGUAUCUUGCACGCGUUGGUGAGCUAGACCAGGUCACCUCUGACCGCGACAACAAGCGCAAGGAGCAUGAGGCGCUGAGAAAGAAGAGACUGGAUGAGUUCAUGGCAGGGUUUUCUAUCAUCACUACAAAACUCAAAGAAAUGUAUCAGAUGAUCACACUGGGAGGAGACGCGGAGCUAGAGUUAGUGGAUAGCCUCGACCCAUUCUCCGAGGGAAUCGUCUUCAGUGUUCGUCCGCCGAAAAAGAGCUGGAAAAACAUUUCAAAUCUGUCCGGGGGAGAGAAAACCCUGAGCUCACUGGCCCUGGUGUUCGCCUUGCACCACUUCAAGCCCACGCCGUUGUAUGUGAUGGACGAGAUCGACGCCGCACUUGAUUUCAGGAACGUUUCCAUAGUCGCCAACUACAUCAAGGAGCGGACCAAGAACGCACAGUUCAUCAUCAUCAGUUUACGCAACAAUAUGUUUGAGCUGGCGGACCGACUGAUCGGCAUCUACAAGACAUACGACUGUACUAAGAGUGUUGCAAUCAACCCAAAGCUAAUAGCAACCCAGGGGUAGGGGGAUGUCAGCUUGAGCCAUUUGGUUAAGCAAUGAGAUCCAGUUGGUUACCGAGAAUCAAAGAGCCCGUAGCGGCACAUUGGGUAAUCGUUUUAAGAUAGGACUAGUCCUAAAACGCGUUUAACAAUCAACUUCACUGUUACCCAGGGUGUUUCAUCGAAGCGUAGUUCAUAACAGCGCUAGGUCUAAACGGGUAUUUGCCGUCCAUCGACAUACUUACUAAACUUGAACACUAGACAAGACAGCAUCUCACGCACGCAAUAAUGCCCUGAUGUUUCCCCGUUUAGACUUCUGAUUCAACAUUGCUGAGGACAUACGGAAAUCGUUUCUCAACAAUGUUUCCUAGUUUUACCGAGCCCCAAAGCGAAAAUCAAAAGUCUUCAUAGUCUAGAUUUUAAGCUUGGUUUUUGUAACAUUUACCAAAUUCAACUCAAAUAAUAUGUAUUCUAGUAGGUAGUUUUCAGGUUAGCGCCAUUGUGCAUAACAUGUGUUAAUCUCUGUUGGCAGCGUAUCAAUACUAGCAAUCCUUGCGCGCCCAAUUGUACCAUUUUAGCUUGUGUUGCCCUUCUCAAUCUGUACAUACAAUAUCAAUGAAACGACUCGUAUUUUACAA